GCAGGAUGGGUGAUGCGGAGAGCUGCCUGUUCAGACAACAGACACGCGAGGUCAGGGAGAAGCCGCUUAUAAAUUACCGCUUCCUCCGCGCCGCUGCCAGCGUCGUGCUCCGGGACCUGGCUGCAGUCGAGCUCCCGUGCCCAGCCGCCAACGCCGCGAUCGCCGCCUGUCCCGCCAGUCCCGCCAGUCCCGGGCCAUCCGCCGCGGCCGCGGGCUUAGCAACCCAGAAAACGAGAAAAUGGCCACCAAGGAGAAGCUGCAAUGUCUGAAAGACUUCCACAAAGACAUCCUGAAGCCUUCUCCAGGGAAGAGCCCCGGAACGCGGCCUGAGGAUGAGGCUGAGGGGAAGCCCCCUCAGAGGGAGAAGUGGUCCAGCAAGAUUGACUUUGUGCUGUCUGUGGCCGGAGGAUUCGUGGGUUUGGGCAACGUCUGGCGUUUCCCGUACCUCUGCUACAAAAAUGGUGGAGGUGCCUUCCUCAUACCGUAUUUUAUUUUCCUGUUUGGGAGCGGCCUGCCUGUGUUUUUCCUGGAGGUCAUCAUUGGCCAGUACACCUCAGAAGGGGGUAUCACCUGCUGGGAGAAGAUCUGCCCCUUGUUCUCUGGCAUUGGCUACGCAUCCAUCGUCAUCGUGUCCCUCCUGAAUGUGUACUACAUUGUCAUCCUGGCCUGGGCCACAUACUACCUAUUCCAGUCCUUCCAGAAGGAGCUUCCCUGGGCCCACUGCAACCACAGCUGGAACACACCACAGUGCAUGGAGGACACCCUGCGUAGGAAUGAGAGUCUCUGGAUCUCCCUUGGGGCCACCAACUUCACCUCGCCUGUCAUCGAGUUCUGGGAGCGUAAUGUGCUCAGCUUGUCCUCUGGAAUCGACCACCCAGGUGCUCUGAAAUGGGACCUUGCACUCUGCCUCCUCUUAGUCUGGCUCGUCUGUUUUUUCUGCAUCUGGAAGGGUGUUCGAUCCACAGGCAAGGUUGUCUACUUCACCGCCACUUUCCCGUUUGCCAUGCUUCUGGUGCUGCUUGUCCGUGGACUGACCCUGCCAGGUGCUGGUGAAGGCAUCAAAUUCUACCUGUACCCUGACAUCAGCCGCCUCGAAGACCCACAGGUAUGGAUCGACGCCGGAACCCAGAUAUUCUUUUCCUAUGCCAUCUGCCUGGGGGCCAUGACCUCACUGGGAAGCUACAACAAGUACAAGUAUAACUCGUACAGGGACUGUAUGCUGCUGGGAUGCCUGAACAGUGGUACCAGUUUUGUGUCUGGCUUCGCAAUUUUUUCCAUCCUGGGCUUCAUGGCACAAGAGCAAGGGGUGGACAUUGCUGAUGUGGCUGAGUCAGGUCCUGGCUUGGCCUUCAUUGCCUACCCGAAAGCUGUGACUAUGAUGCCGCUGCCCACCUUUUGGUCCAUUCUGUUUUUUAUUAUGCUCCUCUUGCUUGGACUGGACAGCCAGUUUGUUGAAGUCGAAGGACAGAUCACAUCCUUGGUUGAUCUUUACCCGUCCUUCCUAAGGAAGGGUUAUCGUCGGGAAAUCUUCAUUGCCAUCGUGUGUAGCAUCAGCUACCUGCUGGGGCUGACGAUGGUGACGGAGGGUGGCAUGUAUGUGUUUCAACUCUUUGACUACUAUGCAGCUAGUGGUGUAUGCCUUUUGUGGGUUGCAUUCUUUGAAUGUUUUGUUAUUGCCUGGAUAUAUGGCGGUGAUAACUUAUAUGACGGUAUUGAGGACAUGAUUGGCUAUCGGCCUGGGCCCUGGAUGAAGUACAGCUGGGCUGUCAUCACUCCAGCUCUCUGUGUUGGAUGUUUCGUCUUCUCUCUUGUCAAGUAUGUACCCCUGACCUACAACAAAGUCUACGUGUACCCGGAUUGGGCAAUUGGGCUGGGCUGGGCCCUGGCCCUUUCCUCCAUGGUGUGUAUCCCCUUGGUCAUUCUCAUCUUCCUCUGCCGGACGGAGGGACCGCUCCGCGUGAGAAUCAAAUACCUGAUCACCCCCAGAGAGCCCAACCGCUGGGCUGUGGAACGGGAGGGGGCCACACCCUUCAACUCCCGCUCCCUCAUGAACGGCACGCUCAUGAAACCCAGCCACGUCAUUGUGGAGACCAUGAUGUGAGGUCCGGGUCACGCCACGGGCGCCGCUUUCCUGUUUACUAACGUUAGAUUCUCAUAGGACCAGGUUUACAGAGCUUUAUAUUUGUACUAGGAUUUUUUUUUAAUUGUCACAGAAAAUGUUACUCUAUGUGUGUGUGUGUGUGUGUGUCACGUAUCUGUCUGCAUUUUGUUUUGAUUCGGGGGACAUUUUGUACAAAAAGAACCCACGGGCCUAAGUCCUGGGGAGAGGAUGGACUUUCUUAUUGAUUUUGAUGUAUUUUAUGGGAACUUGGUAAAUUUUUCAUUGUAUUUUUUUUUUAACACAUAACUAUAUAUACUUAGAGUCUGUCAUACACUUUACCACUUGAAACGGUUUUGCCAGCAAUGGAUCUCAUUUUCAAAAGCAAUUCUUCGGUGCUUAUAUAGCUGGCAGAAAGUUCUGCCCAAAAACAAACAAAAAAAAAGAAAAAAAAACCCUAAAUGCUGGGUGGAAUUUUUUCUAUGAUGGUGGUUACAUCUUCAAGCAAGGUUUAGUUCCUUCUGGGCUGGUUCAGGAGGAAGAAUACAGCUGAGGAGAGGGAGCCCCCACUAGCUGAACAGACCUGAGGGGCAGGAGAGAGCAGGGCUGUGGGGAGAACCCACAAGAAAGAUGCCAAAAUAAUAGCCCCACCCUCAGCAUGAAGGAUUGAGCCUAAA